CCAAAAAUUAUCUAGGGAUAACUACAAUAAAGUCCCUAUAUUUUGGCAAAAGUUUUAAAAAAGUCCUAUUUUUUUUAAAUGAAAAAAUCCAAUAAACCGGACAAUUUAGUCGUUAUCAUCCGGUGACCCUUAUUUUCCCGGUUAAAGAAGACUAUAUGGCAUCGACUGUAUCCUUGACCUCAUUAAUUUAGGUUUUCUUUGAAAACCCUUUUUUCUCGUCUCCUUUAUUCCCGACAAAUCGAUCAAUCCAUUCUGCUCGUGUCCUUUCGCGAUGGAUGAAGUCUUUGAGCCUGACACAAUUGAUGUUCAAGUUGAUGAUUUUGUAAAAACCAAAUCAGUUUCAAGAUGCAAAGAUGAAUUCCUUAAUGUUCUUUGUGAAGACAGUGAUAACGAACCAGUGGAAGUUGAAGGAGAAAAUGCUUGAGUAGAACUAGAUGAUGAGGAAAACACUGAUGAAUCUAGUGAUAAAGAUGAAAUCAUAUACUCCAUCCAUAAUCGAAGGUCAAAUGGAAUGUGAUGAAACCGGUUAUUGGAGAAAGGUAUGAAUCUAGACACGAACUGAAAUUAUGUUUAACAAAUUAUUCCAUCUAUAAGGGCUAUAAGAUUCGUUUCAAGAAGUGUGAUAGUGUUAGACUAGUGGCUGUGUGUGCUAGUGAUCCAGAAAAAUGCCCAUUUAUGGUUCGUGCUUCAUGGAUGAGUACUGAAAAAUCAUUCUAGGUGAAAAAGAGUGUUAGGAAUUUUAGUAGUUCAAGGCUUAUAAAUCCAACUUGGUUAGCAAAGCAGUUUGUGAAAGAACUAGUAAGGAAGCCAAAGUUAAAAUGCAAGGAAAUGCAGGCAAUAAUUCAAAGUAAAUUUCAUUGCAAGGUGUCAUGGUCAAAAUGUUAUAGAUCAAGGUGUAGGGCACUGUCCUUAAUUGAUGGCAAUUUGAGUGACCAUUAUGCAAGAGUGUGGAAUUAUGGACAUGAACUGAUGAGGUCCAAUCCAUGUAGCACAGUUAGGAUUUCUGUUAAUAUUAACCCUGAUCAGACUACAACUUUUCAUAGAAUCUAUGUGUGCUUUAAAGCAAUCAAAGAUGGGUGGAAGAAAGGAUGUCCUAGGGUUAUAGGGUUGGAUGGUUGUUUUUUAAAGGGACAAUGCAAAGGUGAGUUACUAACUGCAAUAGGUAGAGAUGCAAAUAAUCAAAUUUACCCUAUAGCAUGGGCUGUUGUGGAGGUUGGAAACAAGGUUAAUUGGACAUGGUUCUUGGAACUAGUUAGUGAAGAUCUUUCAUUGGAUGCUAGCAGGGGAUUAUGUGUCAUUAGUGAUCAACACAAGGGUCUUGUUGAAGCAACAAAGGAUAUUCUACCCCAUGUAGAGCACAGACAAUGUGCUAGGCAUAUUUAUGCCAAUUUUAGGAAAGUGUAUAGUGGGAUACAAUUCAGAAACUUGUUUUGGGCAGCUGCAAAAUCUACAACCGAAGGUGAUUUCAAGAUAAACAUGGAUUGGAUCAAGACUUUAAGUGAAGGUGCAUAUGAUCAUCUUAUGGCUAGAGAACCUCAUACAUGGUGCAGGGAAUUUUUUGGCAGUGGUUUGGCAUGUGAGUCUGUAGAGAAUGGGAUAGCUGAGUGUUUUAAUGCAGUCAUUGUAGAUGCUAGAAAGAAGCCUCUUUUAGCUAUGCUUGAAGAAAUAAGACUCUACAUGAUGGAAAGGUUCUACAACUUAAGAGAGGAAGCACAGAAAUUAGAAGGUGAUGUGUGUGAAGCAACACUUCUAAAGAUGGAGGAAUUUGCUGAGGAUAUAAGGACUUGGUAUGCAGUGCCAAGUGGUGUUAAUUCAUAUGAAAUUAGGAAUGGCUUUCAAAGUUAUGGAGUUGAUUUGGAACACCAUUACUGUAGUUGCAGACUGUGGGAUAUAGCAGGGAUACCUUGUGUGCAUGCCCAGGUAGCAAUAUUAUACACCAACCAAGAUCCAAAGGAAUUCUUUAGCACUUGGUUCAGCAAGAGUAAUUACAUGGCUGCAUAUCAGUCUAACAUACUUCCAGUCAAUGGAAGUAACUUGUGGGAAGAAACUGGCUAUACCAAUCCCCUACCACCUACAGCUAGGAGGAUGCCAGGACGACCCAGUGUCAAAAGAAGGAGACAUAUAUCUGAGCAUGAAGACAAGUACCCCUAA